AGCGCGUGGACCAAACGCUUGGAGACGCGGAACAGCGGACAGACGCAUCCCGGACUGCCGCGCUUUUCUUUCUGGAAUUGAAUCAAAAAGUGCUUCCCUGCAUUUAGUCUCUAUAAGAUUAAUUCCGAAGAAGUUCAAAACGUUGAGUCUUUAUUUUCCUUGCGCAAAAAAACGAUACGUUAGGCAGGAAAAAUUAAGCGCAUUGCGCUCUGAUCACGCAUCACUUUCUUGGCAACUCUUGCGCGUCCUGUUGGCUCUUCACAGGCAUUUUUUUGGAGCGUGGAAAAAACUGAGUUAUCCCUUUUUGGAUUAUUAUUGAAGGAGAUUCUCUGGCCUGGGAGGAAUUUUUCUGAAGUCCAGUUGAACAACCUUUUGAAAAAACAAAAUCAGGACACCCGCCAAUGAUUCUGUCAGGAAAAGAUUUCUGAUUAUCCUUUUUUUGCACUGUCACAGCACAAACCAAGACAUUUUUAUUAAUUGAAGUUGGGAGCUCUGUAGUGAGACCUAAAGGGGUUUUUGUUUUGGAAAAAAGUAAACAAACAUAAAGCAGUAAAUUGAUUGAGGGGCUGAGCUGAAACGGACUUCAAGUCUAAGUUCAAAAAUAUAUUAACACAUUUUAACACUUUUAUUCUGAAACUUUGCAGAGUAAUUCAAAACUGCAAAAUCAAGACAAAACUUUGAAAAUACAUUUUUUGCUGUAGGUUUUCCAUUAAACCUUUUUUUCAAAGUACAUUCAUUCCGAUUAGAUGACACUAUUUUUAAAAUUAGUUUGGGCCUAUCGGACUUUUUCUUUUUUUAAUUGACCCCUUGGAUCUUCUCUUCCAUUUAUUUAUAUUUCUGACCAUUUGCCCUUUUCUUCCACGCUUGUUCAAGAAUCCUGCUGACCAUCCCCAUACUUCUUGUCAGCUUUUCAUAACAAACUGAUUCUCUGAGAGCCUUCAUCCUGGCCGGCAGUAUUCCCGUCAAGGGGGAAGAGGACUUCCUCACGCUGGCCGUGUCGCGGCUCAGCCAAAGGAAACGUGUCAUAGGAGCUGCUGUAGGUGUAGCCAUGGUUCUAAUACUGUUGGUGGCCAUUCCUCUGCUGGUCCACACAACCAAAGGGGGUACCGGAGGAAGUUCAGAGAGCCAUUACGAAAUGCUUGGAGACUGCAAGAUGGUGUGCGAUGCUUACCCUACAUUCCAGCCAGGUCAGGAGCUGUCGGCUGUGUCUCCAGCUCCCCAGGAUUACUCUGGAAAAAAGAUAAGGUCUGGGCUUCGGGGGCCUCCAGGCAUCCCUGGACCACCAGGAGAACGUGGACCCCCUGGAGAGCCAGGCAAACCAGGGCCACAGGGGCUCCCAGGUCCAGGCCCUGGAGGCUAUUCUCCUUCAGUCUACACCCCCAAAAUUGCUUUUUAUGCAGGGCUACGAAAGCAGCACGAAGGCAAUGAAGUACUGAAAUUUGAUGACGUGGUGACCAAUGUAGGUAACUACUACGAACCGAGUACUGGAAAGUUCACCUGCCCGUUGCCUGGUAUCUAUUUCUUCACCUACCAUGUUCUUAUGAGAGGUGGGGACGGGACUAGCAUGUGGGCAGACCUGAGGAAGAAUGGACUGGUACGAGCAAGUGCUAUCGCUCAGGAUGCUGAUCAGAAUUAUGAUUAUGCCUCCAACAGUGUAAUCUUGCAUUUGGACGUGGGUGAUGAGGUGUGUGUGCAGCUGGACGGAGGAAAGGUCCAUGGAGGAAACAAGAACAAGUACAGCACCUUCUCUGGAUUCCUCAUCUACCCUGACUGAAAUGGAAAAAUAAGAAAAAAACAAAAAAAACCCUAAUGUUUGUAUGCAAACUACUGCUCAUUUCCAGAUGUGCAAUCUAUACACAAAAAGCAUCAACACACAGGCAUGCAAGCAAACAUACAAACGACAUCCAGGAUGUGAGAUCUCGAUAGAUUGCAAAAAUGACAAGUAAACUGAGUAAUACUGUAUGAAAUUGAGCCAACUCUUACGUGCAAGUUUGAAUUUAAUAUGUACACUGUAUGAGCAAAUAAUGAAUUGCUAAGGCUUAAAAACAUUUGAAAUACAAUCCAUUUCAUUUUUAUGGAAAUUGUUAUCCCAAAAGUAUCAGAUGUGCCACAAUACUUUGUUUUUAUGCAUUCGUUAAAUUUCAUCUACUUGGAAAACAAAAUGGCAAUUUACUCUUCACGUCAAAUGCUUAUAUUUUUAUCUUACAAUGGGCUGCUGCUCUUCUGCAGUUUAAUGUGUGACAUGUGAAUUACAAUGCAAAAUCAGAGUUUGAUGGAGGACAUUUGUUAAAUGAUUGUUAUUUGUCUCUUAUGUGUGUGUGUGUGUGAAUGAGUGUAUAAAGACUGUAAGAUACAGGAGGAAUAAAACUAAUAUAUUACACAUUUAAAAUACCUUUUUAGUUAAGAGUUGCCUGAGAAAUACUGUACAUUACGGACAUUUUACAACAAUUUACACUGCCAUGUGUAUAGUACGUUUAUUUUUGAUGGAACCCGGCAAAGUGUCAUAAUGUGAACCAAACCCAGCAACUUUGAAAUGGGUUGUCUGGCAAACAAUAAGUGGUUGAGUGGCAACAUUAUUAUUAAAACAUCUACCGUGUACCAA